AUGCGUCUGGCUUCAGCCCCUCUACGCCGUAUCUGUGGCCAAUACAGAACUCUGUCUACCUUCGUUGAGCGGGAUAUUGUCAUACUCCGCCAGAAACUGAACCAAGACAAUAUCAUUGUGUCAAAGCCCCUCAACCCUGCCAAUAAGAUCAGUACACACAAAGGCGACAUCUCACACGCCGACAUUAUUGGCAAGAGUCCGAGAGACCUGGUCACUUCCUCCGCUGGUCACGAAUACCGAGUCCACACUAUCACUCUUGCUGAAUAUGUCAACUUAACCAGAAGACUGGUUACUCCUGUAAGUUUUCGUCAAAUAGGUAUACCCAUCCGUGCUUGCCUGACUUGUCUUAUUCAGAUCUAUCCAGCUGAUGCGAACCUCAUUGUGAGUCUCUUUGAUUUACAUCCAUCUGCUGCAGACGAUGCCGACAAGAUCGAAGUACUUGAGGCUGGAACUGGCCACGGAGCUCUGACUCUACAUCUGAGCCGAGCCAUUCAUGGUGCCAAUCCUCAAGUUCCUAAACCAGCUCCCGUGUCUGAGGGAAUAGAGAACCAAUCAGUCACUCAGAGCGUCAGCGGUGAACACCAUUCCGAGAGCGUCAACGGUGAACAUCAUUCCGAGGGUGAUAAUGCUUUAGACGCUUGGAGGGCUUCUCGUAAGGCUGUCAUUCACACCAUUGAUAUCUCAUCCAAGUAUUCCAAGCAUGCGGCCAAGAUUGUUGCUGGUUUCCGCCAUGGUGUUUAUGCCAACAACGUUGACUUCCAUGUUGGAGACGCGAGCGAGUGGAUCAAAUCCGAACACGUCCGUCGUGAUUCAGCAGAACCUUUCUUGACGCACGCCUUCUUGGAUCUGCCCGCUACUCACGAUCAUCUUUCAGCUGUUGCCUCAGCACUCAAGAAAGACGGAACACUCAUCAUUUUCAACCCCUCCAUCACCCAGAUCCUGGACUGCAUUCAGAGAAUCAAACGACAAAACAUCCCAUUGUUCCUCGACCAGACCCUGGAGCUCGGAAACAAUGGAAGUAGCGGCGGCAAACCUUGGGACCUGCGCGCUGUGAAGCCGCGUGCUUCAGCAAAGAACCAACCAACAGAGAUCGGUUCUGAAUCCGCACAAACUUCUGGAUCCGAAUCGCCAGAUGAGUCUGUCACCAGAGAUCCAGCACAGGUCUUGAAAGAAGUCAAACCUGAGGAUCCCAAUUGGACAUUUGUUUGCAGGCCCAAAGUCGGAGAAAGGAUUAUAGGUGGUGGGUUCUUAGGUAUCUUCCGGAAGAUGAACGAUAUCGCCCGACCAUAA